GUUUGGAGGGGAGCUUGAAGGCGACUGCCAUCCAUCGCAAGCGGAGGGAGGGGGCUUGUUUUUAGCAGCAAGGUCGUUCUUUGUGUCAAAAAAUUCUUAGUUCUGUUGUGACGAUACUCAGUUUAUAAUAAUACAGUGAGUGUUUGUGUUCCGUCGCAAAGGUCGUUGCGCGCGUAUGUCGUCCGUAGUCGAUAGUAAUUAAACAGACCCGUACACUUCUAACGUUCCAAUGAGUUUGGGAGGAGGACAAAACACAGAUGGAUCAAACGCAGGAGGAAUAUUUGUUCAAUUUAACCAGGAUUGCACAUCACUGGUGGCCGGUAGCAGCCAAGGCUACCACCUGUUCGCGCUGACCCCUGACGAUGGGGUCGAGGAAAUAUACGCGUCCCGCUCUGGCCAGGACACCUGUCUCGUCGACCGGCUGUUCAGCUCCAGUCUCGUCGCCGUGGUCACCGUCGCUGCGCCCAGGAAGCUGAUAGUGUGCCACUACAAGAAGGGCACGGAAAUAUGCAACUACAGCUACAGCAACACCAUCCUUGCCGUCAAGCUCAACCGCUCGCGGCUGGUGGUAUGCCUCGAGGAAUCCCUGCACAUCCACAACAUCCGCGAUAUGAAAAUCCUCCACACGAUCCGCGACACGCCGCCCAACCCGCGCGGGCUGUGCGCGCUGGCCCCCGCCGCCGACCGCUGCUACCUCGCCUACCCGGGCUCCAGCGCCGUCGGCGAAGUACAGAUCUUCGACGCGGUGCACUUAAACGCUAAAUGCGUGCUCAGCGCGCACGAUUCCGGACUAGCUGCCUUAGCCUGGUCUUCGUGUGGGCGACGAUUAGCAACCGCGUCCGAACGCGGCACAGUUAUAAGAGUAUUCGCGGUGCCCGAGCGAGUACGCCUGUUUGAGUUCAGGCGCGGAGUGAAGAGAUGCGUGUCGAUCUCGUGCCUGGCGUUCAGCGCGUGCGGGACGUUCCUAGCGGCCUCGUCGAACACGGAGACGGUGCACGUGUUCCGUCUGGCGGAGCCUCCCACCGGAGCGGGUGGCGGGGCGGGCGAGGCGGAGACGGGGGGCUGGCUGGGCUGGCUGUCGUCGGCCGUGGCGGCCGGGGCGGGGCUGCUGCCCGCGCAGGUGGCCGACGUGCUGGCGCAGGGCCGCGCCUUCGCCGCCGCGAGGCUGCCCAUACAGCCCAGCCGCGCCAUGGUCGCCAUCACCAACGUGGGUCGCGCCCCUCGGCUGCUGGUGGCGACGGCGGGCGGCGAGUUGUUCGUGUACGCGCUCGACGCGGCCGAGGGCGGCGAAUGCGCGCUGCUGCGCACGCACCGCCUGCUCGAGCCGCAGCUGCACCAGCCGCCGCCGCAAGACGCAAGGGAAGCAGAGGGCGCGGGCGGCAACAGUUACGCGGGCGCGCUGCGCGGCCGCGACCCCGCCCGGAUGUCAGACUCGGAGCGCGACUCGGAGCUGGGCGCCGCGCUGGAGGGGUCCCCGCCGCGCGGGCCGUUCGACCUGCGCGACCCGCGCCACUUCCCGCCCAUGCGCGUGCAACCCACCCAAGACUAG